AUGCCUCUCAAACCUGGGAGCUUCAGAUUUUGUCUCAUCGUUUUAGUUGGGAAGCUGCUCCUGCACGGCAGUACAGAGGCCGAGCGGUCCGUCCACCCCGCUCAGGAGGAGUCCUCCCUGCAGAAACCCACCGUCCUGAUCGCCAUCCUGGCACGGAACGCCCAGCACAGCCUGCCUUACUUCCUGGGAUGCCUUGACAGACUGGAGUAUCCAAAGGAUCGCAUUGCUAUCUGGGCCGCCUCUGAUCACAGCGUGGACAACAGCACGGCCAUGCUUCAGGAGUGGCUCAAAGCAGUGCAGCCUUUGUACCACUCUGUGGAGUGGAGACCAGCAGAGCGGCCCAGCUCUUAUGCAGAUGAGGAGGGACCAAAACACUGGCCAAACUCUCGAUUCACACACGUGAUGAAACUAAAGCAGGCUGCGCUCAGAUCGGCCAGGCGGCUCUGGGCGGACUACAUACUGUUUGUAGAUUGUGACAACUUGCUGACAAACCGUCACGUGCUGUCCGACAUGAUGGCUCAGAAUCUGACCAUCGUGGCGCCAAUGCUGGAGUCAAAAAGUCUUUAUUCCAACUUCUGGUGUGGAAUCACACCUCAGGGCUACUACAGACGGACGCCGGACUACAUCCCCAUCAGGAAAUGGAAGCGGCGCGGCUGCUUCGCCGUUCCCAUGGUGCACUCCACCUACCUGCUGGACCUGAGGCGCAUGGCGAGCCAGGCGCUGGCCUUCCACCCCCCUCACCCUCAGUACCCGUACCACCUGGACGAUAUCAUGGUCUUCGCUUUCUCUGCUGAGCAAGCAGGUGUUCAGAUGUACGCGUGCAACGGAGACCAUUACGGAUAUUUACCGGUGCCCCUGAACCAGGACCAGAGUCUGGAGGAAGAACGGGAGAGUUUCACGCACAUGCUGACCGAGGCUCUCAUUGACUACACCAUGGAGCCUUCGCAGCACGUGCACACUCCACUGAAAGAAGCCGGAAAGAUGGGCUUUGAUGAGAUCUUUCUGAUCAACCUGCAGCGGCGCUCAGACCGACGGGAGAGGAUGCUCACGUCUCUGGCCGUCCUGGGCAUCGAUGCUGUUCUGACGGAAGCCGUGGAUGGCAAAGCCUUGAACUCCUCCCGGCUGAGGGAGCUGGGCAUCGACAUGCUGCCCGGGUACAGAGACCCUCACUCGGACCGCCAGCUGACCCGAGGGGAGGUCGGCUGCUUCCUCAGCCACCAUAGCAUCUGGAAGCAGGUGGUGCAGCAGGAACUGCAGCAGGUGCUCGUUCUGGAGGAUGAUGUGAGGUUCGAGCCCAGGUUUCACAGCCGCUUGGUCGCCGUUAUGGAGAAUAUAGAGGCAGCGGGGCUUGACUGGGACCUCAUCUACGUAGGCCGAAAGCGACUGCAGGCGAAGCAGCCGGAGGUCAGGGUGGAGGGUGUGCGGAACCUGGUCCGCCCAGGAUACUCCUACUGGACGCUGGGGUACAUCCUGUCUCUGGAGGGUGCCAGGAAGCUCAUGAACGCAAAUCCCCUCAGCAAAAUGCUGCCGGUGGAUGAGUUCCUCCCUGUCAUGUUCAACAAGCACCCCAAAGAAGAGUACAUGCAGCAUUUUCAGCACAGGGGCCUGAGGGCGUUCUCAGUGGAGCCCCUGUUGCUGUUUCCCACACACUACACCGGAGAGCCCGGCUACUUCAGCGACACCGAGACCUCCACCAUCUGGGACGACGAGACGGUCCAGACCGACUGGGACAGACGGGAACGCAGACAGGAGCCCGAGGGAGCGGGGCUCCGAGGCCAGGGGCCCCCCCUCGCCGCCGCCAGCGACAGCAGAGACGAGCUCUGA